AUGGCUCCCCGAUCUCCCACUCAAGCCUUCGAUCCUACCCCAGCGCUCGAGCAUGACCCAGACAACUUUUCUCCACUCACUCACCCCCGUACAAUGAGCUCGUCCCUUGAAUUCAGGGCCGUGCGCUUCUCAGAUCCUCCCACGAUGCCAGCCAAAGGCCGUCACUCGAUAGCCGGCACAAAUGUACCCCUACUCCCCCCGAUAUCUUCUGCGAGUCAACUGCCAAAGCAUGGUUUUCAGAUGACCAACCCCACACCUGAAGUGGACAUCACGGCCUAUAUGGAGCAAUGCCGGUUGUGGAAUACGCAGCUCAGACAAUCUCACGAGAGCGAGCGAAAAGCUUGGGAUAUUGAACGAACCGCGCUGAAAGCACGGAUAGCCGCAUUGGAGCAGAAACUCAACAAGAACAGAGACCCUAAGAGGAGAUCGAGCAAUGACUCGUCGGCGACAAGUCUUCGCUCGUUCAAAACGGACUUUCAACCUUUUGGAAUCAAUGGCAAACACCGCUCUCGCAUCUCUCCCGAACCCACCAUUGCAGAACCACCAGUCUGGCGAGGUCCUGAAUCCACUCCUCCGGUGACCAGGGUUUUUGCCAGCGAGGACGAAGUGUGCCAUCUCCCAAGCAUUUCAGAGGAUGAAGCCCUGCCUCCCUUGUCCAAGGAGGUCUCACCCACCUCUGGCGGCCAAGAGAAUAUCCCGAUACCCAUCGAGCAGGUCGACAAAACCUUGGACGGCAUUACCCUCAAAUCGGCGGCCUUGACCUCGUCGUUCGACAAGGAGAUCACCAGUCCGCAGUUUGCUAGUCCCGCGCUGUCCCCUGUACCACAACCUACCAAAGAGGACUCUCUCAGACUGGACGUCAACUCUCUCAUCUCGCCGCUCGAUGAAAAGUUGAAGCGACAUGCCGGACACACACCCAUGGCUUUUGACGGUACUCUCUCCUCGGACGCUGCGAGUAGUGUGUUGACUCCAAAGCAAGAAGAACCGCUUGCCCCCGCCCCCACCACGCGUCCACCUCUGCGUCCUUCGGAGAACUCUGACUCUUACUUUUCGUUCACUUCCGCGCCCGACGACAAAGGAAAGGAGAAUCAGAUUAUAGAAGAGCUGCCGGAGCUGGAGCCAGUUUAUGAGACACGUGAUGAUCCUUCUCUGAGAGGACCACUCAUGCUGGACCCCAACGCUAAGACGGUGGAAUCGGCUGCAUUCUUGAAUAUUCUCGAUGGUAGACUCAUUGAGGAGAAACAACACCAGGACAAGGCCGAGUCCAGUCUGUCAAGCGGCAACGAUGAGCACAGCGCAAGCGAGCAACCAAGAGGAUCUUCUGCUAACGACGAUGACAUGCCAAGGCUAAGAAUGAGAAAUAGCAUGAACUUUGGUAGUGCAUGGGGUCGCAUAUAG